CGCCUGGGAGCUUGGGCUCCACGAUCUGAGACCCAUCAAAUGUUACAGGAGCCGGGCAGAGAGAGAGUGGCUGCGAUCGGGAGCCGGCGACCCCCGGGGCUGGGACCCUCGCUGGGAGAGUCCCAUCCUGAGCCCAGGAAUUUUGCCCUUAUCGGACGCCUCUCGCCCCGGUUCCCAUGAAGAGUCCCGGGACUCUACCGCGAUGUGUGGGAUUGGCUCUCCGCCCCGUGCCGCUCCAGUUACUGCUUCUGUCAGUGUGUCAGCUGUCCAGCCAGGCUCCGGGAGUGGUCCCGUUUGAGGAGGUUUGGAACCGUAGUUAUUGCAGGACCAUUGAGGUGCUAGUGGAUGUCGUCCGGGAGUAUCCGAGCGAGUCGGAGUACAUCUUCAAACCCUCCUGUGUCCCUCUCCUGCGGUGUGCUGGCUGCUGUGGGGAUGAGAAGCUGCGCUGUACGGUGCGAGAGAUGUACAACGUGACGAUACAGGUCAUUAAGUUAAAACCUUUGGAGCAGGUGACCAAACAGGAGGAGAUGAUCUUCACAGAACACGGUAGCUGUGAAUGCCGACCACGGCGGAAGCGAUUGAAAGGCGACAGGAGAAGCAGCAAGAGGAAAGGUCACAGGAGGAGGACCAAGCUGGAAGAUGAGCCAGAACUCAACCAAUGCCCCAUCACGAGGAAGAAGCAGCCCCAGACAGCUUGAAGGAAGAGGAAGAUCAUGGCCAUCGGGCUGAGGUGGACUGUGAUUGCCGUCUGUGCCAUGGAGAGACGUUGAGAAGAAAGUGUCUCAGCGUUGAUGAACAAUGGUGACACUUCCUCAUUCUGCUGUGACAGAGGAAGAGGGGUGAAUAAUCCUUGUACUUCCUGACGUGACUACCCUUGGUGAACAGGAGCCCCCUCGCCGAGAAGGUGGGGAGGGGAUGGUGGCAGAGAAGAGGGCAGCAAGGACCAGGUCCCUUCUACAACUUUCCACUUAUCCCAGAACCGGUCCCUUCUGCCAGACCUGGAGUAUCUCUUCAUCGGAGGGAGUUGCUGUCUUCAACAAUGCAAAUGUACUGCAGACUAUACAGGCAGCAUUCACUAUAUUUAAAUUACAGUCAAAACUUUGAGUGCUGCAUUAGAUGAGAGUUUGUGUGUGUCUGUGUUUUUUAAACUGUUAUCAACUUUACUUCCAAUUAAUCAGUGAGGAUUCCUUCUCUUUUGUAAACAGUAAGCCAAACAUCCCUUCAGGAGGAGCCAAUCUCAAUCACUGGACUGCCCAAUGUGAUUUACAGACAGCGGAGCAUCUUAAAAUGUUUGUGCACAGCGUAGGAUGAUUGGCAUCACCAAAAUGGUGGUGGGCACAGUGGCCCAGCAGGUAGAGCCGCUGUUUCGCAGCCCCAGCGACCCGGGUUCGACCCUGAUCUUGGGCGCUGUCUGUGUGGAGUUUGCAGAACCUCUCUGUGACCGCGUGGGUUUUCCCCAGGAAAUCUCCGGUUUCCUCCCACAUCCCAACGACGUGCGGGUUGGUAGGUUAAUUGGCCACUGUAAAUUGCCCCUAGUGUGUGGGUGAGGGGUAGAAUCUGGUGGGGGGGUUGAUGGGAAUGGGGAGAGUAAAUAGGACUAGCUCGGUUGUUGGCACAGAUCCAGUGGGCCUGGGCCCGUUUCCGUGCUGUGUGGCUCUGGGACUCUCUCUAUGAAUCUAAAGUGUUGAAUAACAUGGGGGGAAGUCGAGGGAGGGUGGCACAGAAGGAAGGGCAUUUGCCACAUAGCACAUGCUACCAGAGUUUGACCCUAACCCUAACCUUCGGCGCUGUCUGUGUGGAGUUUGCAUGGUCUUCCUGCAGUCACACAGAUCCACUCAGGGUGCCUGUGGGUUUACUGGCCACUGUCCUUUGCACCA